CAGCGCUCAGCAUUUCAUGAGGAGAAGGCCCAUUUAUCAGUGUCUGAUCUUUACAGAUGGCCAGCAAAACGGGCAGAACCUGGCUGGACUGCAAAAAUCCCCAGAUGGCAGAUCAUUUCUUGAGGCUUGCUGUCAAGAGCCUGGAAACCCUCUACAGCCAGCUGAUGUCCAGAGGCGAUGCAGCAGCCGACAUUACUUCCUCCAAGGCGGAUGUGGAGAAGGACCUGCUUCGAAUUCUGUCAUGCCAGGCAGAGUCGGCCGUAUCCCAAGAGAAUAGCGGAGAAGCCAAGGUCUACAUGCAGCGAUGUAAAGACAUGCUGCAGCGGAUACCGAAAGAUACGGCGUACCUCUCCCUCAUGUGCUACAACUUUGGUGUAGACACCUAUAAUCUGAGGAAGUAUGAGGACAGUACUUUCUGGUUGAGCCAAAGCUACGACAUCGGUAAAACGAGUGCAAAGUACGGCCCUGGACCAGACGUUCUGGCCAAAGCUUUGCGUCUGCUUGCUACAGUUUAUCUAGAGUGGGACUGUCAGAGGUUUCAGGAGAAGGCGCUCGAUGCCGUCAUCUUGGCCAACAAGGAGUGUGUGAGCACAUCUGGGCUGUAUUUAAAGAUAAGAAUCCUCCUGAGAUCCGAGGCCUCAGACAAUCACAUCAGAGCAGGACUUGAUGAGAUGCUGGAAUCACAAGUUCCUCUUGAAGUCUGUCAGAGCGCAGUGAAACUUCUCAUGUCUGAAGACAGAGAAAUGCUGGCGUUUGAGUAUUUGAAGUGUGUGUCUCAGCACUUUGGCUCGUCCCCUGACCUGGGCGCUGCUCUUGUGCUGCACGUUGAGCUGCUGCUGCAGAGAAACAAAGAGCUGCUGGCCAAACAGAAGAUAGAAGACAUCAUCACUGGCCACUACAGUGGUAAACAGCUCACUCCAGAUGCGCUGACCAGUUUGCAUGUCAUACUGUGGGAUCAGGCGUCAAAACAUUUUGAGGCUGGUAACUAUGCAGAGGCUCUACAGUGGUAUAACUACUCCUUCAGCUUCUUCAAGGCAGGUCAGAUGGAGCCAAAUCUAGCCAAGCUGCAGAGGAACAGAGCGUCCUGCCUGCUGCAUCUGCAGCAGUUAGAAAAGGCUAAAGAAGCAAUUAAAGAAGCAGAAAGGUCUGAUCCUGAGAGUAUCUUCACUCAGUUCUGCAUUUACAAGAUUGCUGUUCAGGACGACAACGUACAGAAAGCUGUAGAGGCAUUGAAUGCGAUGGGAGUCCUGUCCAAGUCGCCUGUAUCCAGCGAAGACAGGCUGCUGCUAUCAGAGAGCGCAGCUUCCUGUCUCCUCUGUCUGGCAGCUCAGAUUGCUCUGGAGAAUGGAAGACAGGAAACUGCAGUGAAAGCUCUGGAGGUUUUAUGUGAGAGCUCAAAAGACGAAGCUCACGUUCUGAUGGGUCUUAGGUGUUUGGUCCGACUCGUGUUCUCCUCAGCAGAAAACUCAGCUGAUCAGUUGAGGGAUGUGAAUCUGGACAAACUCCUGCCGUAUCUGAAACAGGCUCUGCACACAAUUUCACACCAGUCUCAUAUGACUGCUGAGCGGCGCGCUGAGGACGCUAACUGGUUCAGAAAGAUUGCCUGGAACUCGGCUCUGCAGUGCGAGAGCAGACCUGACGGAAUGAGGGAUUUCUUUGUGCUGUCCUACCAGCUCUCCCUGCUGUGCCCUCCUGACCGCGCUCUGCUCAUGGGCCAGAGGACGUCUCUGCUGAUGGCAGCUGCUGCCUCUUUGGAGCUCUGCAGGAAGUCUCCUCACUCCACCCAGGCGGAGGAUCUCACUCUGGCUCUGGAGCACAUUCAGGCCUGUUGGGAGGUCUGCAAAACCCUGAAAGCAUCAGGCAACCUUCCAGCGGACCCGACGGACUCCCUGCUGCUGCUGUACGAGUUCGAGGCUCGUGCAAAGCUGAGCGAUCCGAAGGUGGAGACGAUUCUGGAGUCUGUCCUAGAGCUGGAACACGUUGAAACCAAAGUGUUGGAGACCAUGGCAGGCUUAGCCAUGGAGCCUCCAGCCCACUUCCCUCAGCUCUGCAAGAAGGCCCUGAGAGCCGCUCUCUCCCUGCACAGGAAGCAACCCCAGGCCGACCCGACGCACUGCAGUAAGUACGUCCACAGCCUGAUCAAGCUGUCCCUGCCGAGCGGCGUGUCUGAGGUGGAGAGCCGCGUGCUGCAGGAGCUGUGGGAUUACUUUGAGGACGCUCUGUCCAUCAUCUCAGCCGCGCCGGACGGCUUUCCAGAGAUGGAGACGCUGUGGCUGCUGACUCAGGCGUGGAACGCCGGGAUUCUGCUGUACAGCCUGGCCCAGUACCACGAAGCCGAGAAGUGGUGCGGCCUCGCCAUGAGCUUCAUCCGACACCUGGGGUCUCUGCGGGAGAGCUACGAGAUGCAGAUGAGUGGGCUCUACAGUGAAAUCCUGGACAGACUGGACAAAGCGAAGAAAAACAUCCACACAGAGGAGUAAAACGUUCAGUUCUUCUCACCUCGAUGUUCUGUGUUGUGAAGGAGAACCUAGCAGGUUCAUCCCAUCAGUUUGUUACAGGUAAAAGUUCUUUACGUUCAAAUAUCCGGGCUUCCUGGAAGACGACAGUAUUUAUUACAGCUUGAUCUGUUCAGAAAGUUUGCCGACGAUUUUUCAUUCAUUUUCUAGUGAACUAUUAAACCCUCCUGUUUUUUUCCCAUAUCUUUGUCUGAAUAUAAAUUCCAUAAAAACUUGCUAGAUUUUGUAUUUUGGAUGAAAUGUAAUAGUAUUGUUUUAUAUGCAUAUUAAUGUUUCCAUUUGAAGUUUUUUUGUCCUGUUGACUCAUUUAAAAAACUUUUUUUUAAAAUCUAGCUUUACUUUUCAUUCCUUUGUGUUCAAAUGCCCUAUAAAUUUCAUGCUCUGUUUCCCAUCUGGUGGCAAAGUGUGGAGAAAUGUUAACUUUUAAAACUUCUCGCAAAACAUUUGUUUAGAAUCUGUGUUUCUGCCAAUUAUAUUGAAGGCCAAAAGGGACAAAAUUUUAAAAAUACAUAAUUAAAUCAUGAAUUAAAUGGAACAUUGAA